UGAAACUGAAGACUUCUCUGUUUGCUAACUGGCGUGCUAGCUAGCUAGCUUCAUUAAACUAUCGUGACUUUGUCCGUCUCUCCGUGUUAAAGGAGUGAUACACACGAUGCCACCCAAAAGCAAAGGCUCAGGUCAAAAACCUGCAAAGGCCAGGACGCCCACACUGAUAGAUGGCCUUAGCAAGGAGGAGCUGUCCAAGGAGCAGCUGGAAGAGCACAUUGUGCGCCUUCGAGAGGAGCUGGACAGAGAGAGGGAAGAGAGAAACUACUUUCAGCUGGAGAGGGACAAGAUCCACACAUUUUGGGAGAUCACGGACAAACAACUAGAGGAGGUCAAGGCUGAAAAGAAGAAUUUCGACAAGGACAUAGAGGAGGAUGAGGGGCGCCACCAAGUAGAGAUCAAGGUGUAUAAGCAGAAGAUGAAGCACCUCCUGUGUGAACACCAGAACACAAUCUCUGAGAUAAAAGCAGAUGGUUUAGUCUCCACACAGGUGGUGCAGGAAGAGCAAAAACAAUUAGAGACUGAGCUUCAUAAGAACAUGAGGGACGUCGGGGUCGACAUGCAAGAGCUUGACUAUGAAAACCUUAUCAAGGAGCUUGAACUGAAACAUGAUGAGGAAAUGACUAAAACAAGGAACAGCUGGGAGAAGCAAAUUGCAGAAACCCAAGCAAAGUAUGAUAAAAAGAUGGAGUUGCUGCCAGUAGACCUGGACAACAUGACGAAAAAUGUGACCAGCGAGAGAGAAGAUCAAUGGAACAGCCACAUCAACUCUCUAAUAGAAGACCACAAAAAAGCAUUCACUGUUGCUGAUGCAUUCAUUUUAUCCAUGAAACAGGAUGUGGAUUUAAACGAGUCACUCAAGACACAAAUUGAUGAGAUGGACAUGAAACAGGAGGAGACGGAAAAGGACUUGGUUUGCCUUUUGCCGGAGAACAAACAUCUCGCUGAGCUUCUCUCGAAAGUCAAAGAGGAGAGAGCUGAAAUUGAGAAAAAAAUGAGAUACUUCGUAGAGGAUAAGUCAAAUUGUCACUGUUUUUGACAGGAUGUCAAUGAAAAGGUUAAAAAAAAGAAGCUGGAUGAACUGAAAUGGGAAUAUGAGACACUGGAACAAAAAUUCUGCAAGCUUCAGCUAGAAAGGGACGAGCUGUACAAGACGUUCACCCAAAAUAUUCAGCAGGUUCAGCAAAAAGCAGAUUGGAAGAACAUGCUGUUGGAAAGAAAGCUGAUUGGCCUGACAGACAGCCUGGAGAAGACGCAGGCUCAGCUUUUCUCUGUGCUUUCUGCUUCUAACAUGGACCAAACUGCUCUUGAUGGGGUCACUAACAAAAUUGAGAAAAAGCUUGACUCCAGUAAUAAUUCCAUCAAGAACUUGGAGUAUAAGAAAGCUCAAAUUUCCCAGGCCCGUAAGGAUUUGCUGCUGACCUAUGAAGCUAAGCAAAGGGCUCUUGGUGUCCCCGUGGAGGAGCUUUGUGUGAAGCCCUUUGAGAGCAGACUUCUUACUGGGAAAAGUCUGUAAUAGAUCGUGUGUUU